GUGUGUUACAAACUCAUGCAGCACGACCUACGAAAAACACACCUGUCAUAAUGGAAGAGGGUCUAAGAAACGUUUCAGACUUGCAGCUGGCGCAAGCAAUUUAUGAGCUUUCGACUCCUUCAUUGUCGAGUAAGCACGAAGAGGCUCUCAGCUUUCUUUUCAAGGUAAUUCGUGAAUUUAACCUUGCUCCUCUUUAUAAGCAACUAUGUGAAAACCCAACGACUUCGUCAAAAAUUGAUGUGGAUAAUGACUUUCUUAACUCUAUGAUAUCUGAAAAUGACAAAAAAUUGAAAGAAUUAGACUCUGCGAUUGAGGAUGCCCAAGAAUUAAACGGAGAACACGAAAUUACCGAGGCUUUAAAACGCAAAGCAGACUACUAUGUUUCCAUCUGUGACAAAGAACAUGCAUGGGCUACGUUUACCGAAAUGUUAGAGAAGUCUGCCAGUGAGGGCGUUCAAAUCGACAUUUUAUUUGCCAAAAUGCGUAUAGCCUUUCUAUAUGCUGACAUUAAGCUUGUCGGCUCUUUGCUAGAAAAAAUACGUCCGCUCAUGGACCAGGCAGGAGACUGGGAAAGAAAAAACCGUUUGAAGGCUUACGAAGGAAUAUACAUGAUGGCCAUCCGUAACUUCUCCAGAGCUGCUGAGCUUCUCUUGGACACAAUGUCUACCUUUUCAAGUACGGAGCUGCUUCCUUAUGAUGAAUUGGUUAAAUACAGCGUGCUUUCGGGCGCGAUCGCUUUGAAGCGUGUUGAUAUCAAAACCCGGAUAGUCGACUCUCCGGAGGUGUUGGCUGUUCUUCCUCAACACGAAGCUAUGUCAAGCGUGGAAACCUGUGUAAAUAGUCUGUAUCUUUGUGAUUACGCUGGUUUUUUCCGCUCCUUGGCUUCCGUUGAGCAGGACCAUCUUAAGUGUGAUUUUUUGCUGGCGCCCCAUUAUCGGUUUUACGUUCGUGAAAUGCGUCGUCGUGCUUAUGCUCAACUUCUUGAAUCCUACCGUGCAUUAAGCAUUGAGUCGAUGGCGAAUGCCUUCGGUGUUUCUGUUGAUUUCAUCGACCGUGAUUUGGCUUCUUUCAUUCCCGACAAAAAGCUUAACUGCGUUAUCGAUAGGGUGAACGGAAAUGUUGAAACCAAUCGUCCAGAUGAAAAGAACAGACAGUAUCAAGAAAUUGUGAAACAAGGUGAUGUCUUGUUGAACAAGCUCCAGAAAUACCAAGCUACUGUUAUGAGAGGAGCAUUUAAAGUGUAGGUUAGGACGAGAUUUACAAGUUUUAAAGUUUCACAAUUUUUUUUACUUACAUAUGCUGAAUUGGUUAUGUA